CCCUCGAACCAAAUCAAUCCUCCGGUUCCAAACCACUCUCUCUCUCACAACCCACCAAAAUGAUUCCCUACCCCAUGAUCGGCCCUGAGUCCUACGGCCUGAAGCGGUCUGCGCAACGCAGCACCAGAAGCCUCGCGUCAACCCACAUCGACGAUGACUCGAAAUCGCUCGACUCCCAUGAGCAUGUCGAAACCUUCAGCGAGACUUCUAACUCGAGGAGCCUUGGAUGGAGAGCCAAGCUCUCGCAAAAGUACAAGAUGUUCCACUUCCCUUGAAAAGCUGGACUGAAAAGGGUUUUGAGCAAUAAGCUCAGUUGAUACGGUGUUUGGGAGGAUGGCUGGAGCUUUGUUAUUUUAUCACGAUCAUGUCUUAGUUAAUUAUCCUAAUACUCAAUAAUACCCGCGGGGCAUGUACAUCAGUCGGUACAUGGAACGCUUAUGAUAAUGCAAAUUAAUAUUUUGACAAUGCCAAUCGCGU